UGGCUACAUUUGUAACCUGGGCAGCCUCUUUGAAUGGGUAUAAUUGGACCAUGGCUGAGAGAAAAAAGAUCACACUGAACGUGGCUGUUAUCGGCAAAUCUGGAUCUGGCAAAUCCACUUUCAUCAACAGUUACUGUAGAAUUCCGCGUGGAUCCGAGAAUGCGGCCGAAACGGAUGUUAUUGAAUGUACCAGUGAACUGAUGUUUUAUGAGAGGAAAACUGAAACUCGCCGUAUAUCUGAAGCUGAACAGCUAGUUCGUGAUUUGUAUGAUGCCGAUUAUGAGGUUGUUCUUUGGGACUGCCCUGGUUUUGGAACGUCCAGCUUCCCAGACGAUGAAUAUAUCAAAAAGAUAAACUUGGAAUACUUCGAUUUUUACCUGCUUUUUUCCUGCACACGUUUCUUUGAGUAUGAGAUAGCUAUCAAUAAUUUCAUUGCUCAACAAAACAAAACGUACUUUUACGUAAGAGCCAAGAUUGAUCGAGAUAUUAUUAAUGACAAGCGAAGUCACCCACGCACUUCAUCGGCAGAGAAAGUUAAGCAGUGCAUACGCAACAAGGUGAAAGAGAACAUGUCGUCAGACUCGAACGUUUUUUUGGUGAAUGCCAAAGAUUGUGACGCUUUUGACUUCCCCGAACUGGAAGACAUGUUGGUUUUCCACGCUGCCUCGUCCAAGUAUAAUGGAGAUAAACACAAGAAAAAGUCGCGUUCAAAGAAAAAGUAACUUAACUGUGAUUAAGGUGCAAACAGUGAGACAAAAGGCCUAAAUAGUAGAGUACACAUAUGCAGUAUUAACGUCACUGAAAGACCUACAUCUAAAAUUUGACCCAAAUAUCAUGUACGGGUACAACAAAGAAAAGGCCGUUAUCCAAACUGUGAUAGUAAUAAAAUUAUGAUAUUUA